UCAAACUCAAAGCGUCCGGACCAAAACUGCCACAUUCCUGGGGACAACUUUCCACACUGCUCAUGAACUUUACAUUCCUACUGACCAGAAGAAACAAUUGGAGAACACCUGGACACUCUUACUUCCUGGUUAUAUAACUUUUGUUGCACUUGAACGAAUCCUUUACAUUCCAAAGACUUUGGCCCCGGACGGACAUCGAUUUUACUUUCUUUCUAAAUCAACGAUCACAGUCGUUUUUCUUACCAUAACAUUAUUCUGAAUUGACCAAACAAGCAGGAGGCAGCAGCCUACGUUUUUGUUGCUCAACCCCAAAGUAGUCUUAACUGUGUGUGUAUUUUUUCUACGUGUAGUCUUAAAUUAAGUUACAAAACAGUCCAGAAUGGCAAGUAUGAACUCUCUGGAUGCUGUGAAGAGGAAGAUUCAGUGUUUGCAGCAGCAGGCCGACGACGCAGAGGAACGGGCUCAGGUCCUACAGAGAGACCUGGACAUUGAACGGGAGCUCCGAGAGAAAGCGGAGGGUGAUGUAGCAGCUCUGAACCGUAGGAUCCAGCUGGUGGAGGAGGAGUUGGACCGAGCCCAGGAGAGGCUGGCUACGGCACUGCAAAAACUGGAGGAGGCUGAGAAGGCUGCAGAUGAGAGCGAGAGAGGGAUGAAAGUGAUCGAGAACCGAGCGAUGAAGGACGAGGAGAAGAUGGAGAUUCAGGAGAUGCAGCUGAAGGAGGCCAAACACAUCGCAGAGGAGGCUGACCGUAAAUAUGAGGAGGUGGCUCGUAAGCUGGUGAUCCUGGAGGGAGAGCUGGAGAGAGCUGAGGAGAGGGCCGAGCUCUCAGAAUGUAAAGCCAGUGACCUUGAGGAGGAGCUGAAAAAUGUGACCAACAAUCUUAAGUCCUUAGAAGCCCAGUCUGAGAAGUACUCAGAAAAAGAGGACAAGUACGAGGAGGAGAUCAAAGUUCUGACUGACAAACUGAAGGAGGCUGAAACCCGUGCAGAGUUUGCAGAGAGGACAGUGGCCAAACUGGAAAAAUCCAUUGAUGACCUGGAAGAUGAAUUAUAUGCUCAGAAGCUGAAGUACAAGGCCAUUAGUGAGGAGCUGGACCAUGCCCUCAAUGACAUGACAUCUCUGUAGAUGCUUUGACGUCUCUGUUUCUCUCUGCCUCUCAUUUCCCUUUUCCUGUCCUCUGAAUGUUUGGACUCAUCGUCUUCUCUCUGUGAAUUACAUGUGCCUUCUGUCCAGCUUACUAUGCAAAGAAAUUAAUUAAAAAAUCUUUUUCUUUCUUA